AUGCAGGAGAGGAGAGAGGAAGCUGAGUCCUGUCCCCCCAUUGCCAGGCGUCGCGACGCUGGUGGGGUGCAGCAGCGGAGACCGCACCGGGCGCUGCACCCCUCCCCGCGAACAGCCUGCGCUCCCUGCCCCUCCCGGCGGGCGGUGAACGCUGCGGGUGGGGGAGCCGGAACAGAGGCGGAGGAGGGGGCGGGGGCGCGGCGCCUUCGUGCCCCUUCUUCAGCGAGAGACGCGGCGGCGGCAGAGUCCCUCAGCCUCGGUCAUGUGAUAGUCUCGAAGCGCGAGCCGCGGGGGUCUCCGGCGUCUCGGGGACCAUUACAAAACGCAGCCAGGAGAGCGCGUCGCUGCCACAGCCGCCGCCGCCUCCUCUCCAGCUCGAGACUGGCCCGGGAGAGCGGCGGCAGCUGCGGCGCGGACGGCUGGGCGGACCGAGGCCGGCCUCGCAUCCUCCGGGCCUUCGCAGCCGCCCCCUCGGGCCCGCAGCGCGCGCCCCGCGUCCAGCGCCCCCGCCCCGCCGCGGAGCCCGGCCGCGCGGCUGCUGCAGAGACCAAACUUUCCCGCCCCCACCCCGCCCCCAGCGACCACCUACAGCUCUCUCCCCCGCUCCGCCGCGAGCCGCCGGAGAACCGGGAGCCGCGGGCUGCCCAGAGCCGAGCUUCCUUCUCCUUACCUCGCCUCUCCCCUCCAGGAAAACCGCAACUCCGGGGCGGGCUGGCUAGGUGCCCGGCCGGGGGGCAGCCUCCGGGCGCUGGGAGUCUCGCCGCCCCGGCCUCCGGGAGCACGAGCGCCAACUCGGAUUUAAAGGGCCAGAGUCCCGCCCGUCCCGUCCUUCCUCCCAGCCCGCUGGGCCCGGGCUUCCCUCGGACCGAGAAAAAAAGCCAAGAGGAGGCCGGAAGGGCACCCUGCCCUGCCCACGCCUCCGCCGCCGGCUCCGGCGCUCGGCCUCUGACCACCUGGGGGGAGGCGCCGAGAGAGUGUGGCCGGGGAGCUGGCGCGCCCCGCCCGCCACUCUGCGCGCGGGUCGGCCACCGUCCGGCCAGAAGUUGGCGAGCGGCGGAGAGCUGA